GAAUGGCUCGUGAUGGCCACAGGUCCUUCAGCUUCAUCCCUAUCUUCAUCCUCGCAGCCGGAUUGCUGCUGACCACCUCGCCACCGGCACAAGCUCAGGUGAAGGGCAACGAAGGCAACGAGCGAUCAUUGGAGAUGGAACUUUGGGCAUCUCCAGCGGCCACCUUGCCGGAGGAUGAGUCCCGUAUCAUCGGUGGAAGACCCUGCUCCAUCAACCAAAGACCUUUCCAAGUUGCCCUCAUCAAGAGAGGUCAAAUCCUGUGUGGAGGAAGCUUGAUAGGUGCCCAAUGGGUCCUGACAGCCGCCCACUGUAGGCAACCAGUCAGGGACCUCAAGGUGUUAAUCGGGACGGACACGUUACGGGAUGGAACGGGGGAAAUGAGGUCGAUUUCAGAGGUCCUGGUCCAUCCGGCCUACAACCCCCGGAGGAAUGACAAUGACUUCAUGCUCCUGAGGUUGAACAAACCCAUUCAGUUCAGCAACAGCAUCAAGAAGAUCAGAUUAGCCACGAGGUGUCCCACGGACGGGAUGAGGUGCGGCGUCUCUGGCUGGGGAACCACCAAGUCCCCUGGAGCAAAGCUGCCCAAAAAUUUGCAGUGCGCCGCCAUCCAAACUUUCGGGCAGGACAAGUGCGCCAGGGCGUACGGGAACGCCAUCACCGCCAACAUGUUCUGCGCCGGCGUCCCCCAGGGGGGCAUCGAUUCCUGCCAGGGUGACUCGGGGGGUCCGCUGGUGUGUAACGGGGUGCUGCAAGGCGUGGUCUCCUGGGGCAUGGCCGUCUGCGGGCGACGUGGACAACCCGGC